UCGAUUUCGUACGUACGCUACGAGCGUUUUUGUUGAUUUAUUUUGUUUAAUUUUAUUUAAUUUACUCAAAAUGGUGCAAGCGUGGUACAUGGAUAAUGACACGAUACGCGACCAGCGUUUAGAACACCACAAGAACCCUCCGGAAUACAUUUCACUCGAAGAUUUAUACAAGAAAACCGGAGUGGAAUAUUUCAAACUAAAUCUGGCAACAUAUACAACUGAUGGAGUCUUGGAAAAUCUAAAGAAAGACCGUGGUUACACCUACGAAGAUGAAAUGGUUUGCUCUAAGGAGUGCCUGCCUAACUAUGAGGAAAAGAUCAAAUCGUUUUACACUGAACACCUGCAUACUGAUGAAGAAAUCAGGUUCGUCCUGGACGGAUCAGGUUACUUCGACGUCCGCGAUGGUAGUGACCAGUGGAUCCGGAUCGCUGUCACUGCAGGAGACAUGAUCGUUAUCCCAAGCGGCAUUUAUCAUCGCUUCACGCUUGAUACUAAGAACUUCAUCCGCGCGAAGCGCUUCUUUAUCGGAGAGCCGGUAUGGCUUCCAUACAACCGUCCGGCCGACGACAUACCUGCCCGACGUAACUACGUGCAACGGCUGCAGGAGGGUUUCGUAACCGCUGCUUGCUAACACGAUAAAAUCGCCAUUCUUUUAAAAAGCAACUCUUAUUUUUAAGUUUUAAUGUGUUUUAAAACUCACAGUCAAUAAAAUCGAGCCACUUACAAAAUUAGGAAUUUGUUUCUCGUUCUAUAGUCUAUUUCAAUCCAUUACACAGAAAAAGUAAACUAACAGGUCACUAACCCGGCCAUAGACAGUUUAGUGAUGGCCAGUUGUGCUGGCAACUACAAUCAGAAUUGAAUCAGUUAACAGACCUUUUUGCGAACAAAAAAUAUGUGAUUCUAUACUGAAUGGUGAUAUUUUCAUAAAUAGGAUUAUAAAAAUAUCUCUACUGAUCGUAGUAAACUCCGCAGAUUGACCAUCGUGAACAUAAGUGGUAGAAAGUGGAGUGUAUCAAAAAGCUUCAUGGAUAUGAAACGUUAAAUUUAUUAUUAGUUUUGUAUUAAAAAUUCCAAAAUGAAUGAUUGAAACAAAGUAUAUACAUUUUCAGUAACAUUAUUUAUUAUGUACAAUAAUGAAUUAUUACCAAAGUAACUUUAAAAUGUACAGUAUGCUGCUUUAUUAUUAUCUGUGAGUAAAUAUGUGAUGUAUAUAAGCCAUUUAUUAUUAGAUAGUAGAGGCGAAGGGUCCAUUAGACGAUUCCCACCGGGGUGCCUAUUAGUAGAAUUAAAAAAUUCUACAGUAGGUAUUAAAUGUCUUGUAUUGCAACAUUUGCUGUGUACCUUUUUCAUACAUAGGCAUAUAUUCUUCAAAUAUCCUCCCUUCGCCACGUUUAAACGUACGUAAUAAUAAUAUAUACAAAGGAAACUUAACAAUAUAUUCGUGAACAUAUUUAGAGGAACACUAAAAUAAGAUUGAAUUAUGAUAGACAACGUUCAUAUGAAACACUGGCCACAUAUACCAGAACAUUUAAUCGAAAUAAAAAAACAAUUGAAGUGAUUCUUUUAUGACCGUCAGAA